AUGCGUCAACAACGCACCAGUCCUCCGAGAGAGGAGGAAAGCAAAGAGGAAGGCGAUGAUGGGAUAGCGGCCGUUGGCCAUGCUCCUCCCCUACAGAAUGGACAACUAGUCCAAGCAGCAUGCCGGGACCUAGUGCAUUUAGAUUUUCAAGCGGCACUACUAGAGGAAGGGUUCCAAGAAGAUGGAAGCGGGGAAGAAUCGGUCAUACGGAGGAGGGAAAGUGAAUCACAACGUGAGCCUGAAAUACACGAGGAUACCUUUGCCGAGGAACCUUCCUACGAUGAUGGCAAGAUGAUGCUGACAGACGAAGAGUAUCAAUGGGCACGAGACAUCAAGAGUGCAGCACAACUGCAGCCCGAUUUGGACAAACUGCCCGACUUUUGGUAUGCUCAGAUUGCGCUUUGUGAUCAGGGAGAUGUGGACGCUGCGUUGCAUAGGAUCCAUGGACUUCAGACGUUCUGGAAGGAAUACAAGGUUAUCUUGGACAACUUGAACAGUGCUCGGAAAGUUGUUCGUGAGUCCUUGGAGGACCUCUUUCCGGGCUUUUGGCUUUCACUCACGUACAGUCCAACAGCGGGACACUACACCCUGGUGAUGGACGCUGUCAAGCUUGACAUGUCCGUGUUAGCGACACACCCUCAAGCUAUGGAUUCUCUAAUCCUAUCAAUGUUCUAUGUUUUGCACGCGGCAAACCCAGAUUUUGAAACCAUCCGUCAUGGACUCUACUCCAUCGCCGAAUGUGAGGGGCAAGACUGGAAAAAUUCGAUGGGAGCUGGAGACAUGCGUCGGGUUUGGACAGAGAUUGCCUCUGUGUAUCCAAUUCGGUACCAGAAGCUCGAUCACAUUCACACGAACAUGGUUGUCAACAUGAUGUGGUCACUGGCCAAAAGGUAUCUGCCCAAAAAUAUCCGUGACAAGUUUGAUGCAAGGGGAUGCUCUGAUGUCGAACGCCUCGAUAAGCUGUACUCCAUUCCAACGCUGGAAGCAGCCAAUGGGAGGUUCUUGGGAACGGUUAUGGAUAGUCUCAAGAAGCGACUUGAAAAUGAGGCCAGCUUCUCCCUAUAA